AUGCUCGGUGGAUCUUCCACGGCGCUCAUCACUUUAGACGGGCCACACGUCCCGUACUACAUCACCUACCAAAGUGGGGACUAUCGCUGUAAGCCCUAUCGAAAGUCCGUGCAGUACUGCCGGACGUGUGGUGCCAUUGGACAUAGACAAGAGAUCUGCCCCAGUCCCAGAAAACACUUCUGCUACAAGUGCGGACAAGACGCAGUACUCGGGGAUCACGAAUGCCUACCCAAGUGCAAAAUAUGCGAAGAAGCACACGAGACCGCCGGAAAGGAGUGGUGCAAGAAGAAGCUAAGACCCAACCCACCACCUUACCAAGCUAAUUUACGGUAUCGAAGCAUUAUUCAACCAAGGGUUCAGCUUGUGAUUGCUGCCGUCACCAUUACUAAAACGCUGCAAGAGGAGCCCUAUAUGGUUCGUGUAAAAGGCUAUGAGGCGACGCGCAAUAUUCUUAAUGACGAUACCAGAUACAAGUUGAAAGAGUACGUCAAUAAGCAACCACAUUUUCAAAAGGCCGACAUUGUUUUCCUACUUACAGGAAUGAAUUUAUCCGAGUGGGAAGGUGGCAUCCUACAGCAUUGGAUCGGAGGAUCAGCGUACCUUGGAGGAGUUUGCACAGAGUGGAAGGUGGGGCUGUCCGAAGAGAGAGUGGGGAGUUAUUAUGGCGUAUACGUAUUCGCGCAUGAGCUUGCACACAGUCUUGGCUGUGACCAUGACGGCGAGGCUACUCUUAACUGGCCUAAAGGACAUAUUGGGUCAAAAGACUGCGAUUGGAAUCUUGGCUUCAUCAUGAGUUAUAUGUUUGUAAAACCGAACAUGUACAGGUUCUCUAAGUGCUGCCAGCGAGAAAUUAUGAACGUGUACAACCGCCCUGAAUACCAGUGUCUCCUUGUGAGGAACAGCCUUCAAACCAGGAUAUUUUCUUCAAAACUCCCUGGUUCCGUGUCCAGUCGUCAAACAUAUUGCCAAAAAGUUUACUCGGAGUACACUUACGUUAAGGUAGAUCGGGAAUACCCGACGCAAGGGUGCAUCGUGAAAUGCUUUAUAAGCAGAGAAUGGGACAGCAGGCUUAUUUCUGCUGUCGAUGGCGUAAAAUGUGGCAAAGGAAAGGUGUGUGUUCUUGGUAAUUGCACUUCUAAAGCCGAAUUGAAAGCCGAAUGAACUAAUGAAGAACCACUUAAUAAUCGACUUAGUCUUAACCAUCUGCAUUUGAUAUAAUAAAA